AUCCAGAUGAAGUCCAAGCCCCUUACCACUAAGCUGCCAUCUUGGUGGAAUCCUUGUCUUUAUAUGGACCAUGGAGCCAAGUCUCCGCGGCGUGAAGAACACGUAGAAUACGAAGGAAGAAAAAAGAUGGCAGCCCCAUCCGGCCAAACGCCGCUGCCGCUGAAAGGACGUGUGGCGAUCGUGACCGGCGGCGCCGGCGGCAUUGGAUCCGCCGUCUCCAAACACCUCGCCUCCCUCGGCGCCCACGUAGUCAUCGGCUACAUCGGCGAUCCGACCCCGGCCGAAAACCUGGCCUCCGCUAUCAACGCCACCACCGGUGCAAACUCCUGUCCCCCGCAGGCCAUCGCGGUCGCCGCCGACGUUUCCAAUGCAGCCCAAGUCAAGUCAUUGUUUGACGCUGCCAUGCAUGCCUUCGGCCCCAACCUUCACAUCCUCGUCACUGCCGCGGCGGUAGUCGACGCCGACUACCCAUCGAUCGCCGAGACCAGCGAGGAAAAGUUCGACUGGUUGUUCGGCACCAACUGCAAGGGCACAUUCCUCUGCUGCCGGGAGGCGGCGAACCGGCUGGUGCGUGGCGGCGGCGGGCGGAUCAUCACGUUCUCGUCGUCGGGAGUGGGAUCGCUGCGGCCGGGCUACGGGGCCUACUUAGGUGCCAAGGGUGCCGUAGAGGUGAUGACGAAGAUUCUGGCGAGGGAGCUCCGGGGGACGGGGAUCACGGCGAACGCGGUGGCCCCAGGUUUGAUAGAGACGCCGAUGUUCUACGCAGGGAAGUCGGAGGAGGAUGUGAGGAAAUACAUGGGGGAGGUACCGAUGGGCCGGCUGGGGCUGCCUGAGGACGUUGCUCCGGUGGUGGGGUUCUUGGCCAGCGACGCCGGAGAGUGGGUGAACGCCCAGGUCGUCCGUGUGAAUGGUGGCAACGUCUGAGUCUGAUAGCCGCUGAUCAAGAGUUGCAGCAGGUUAGAAAGUUGUUUGGUGCGAUGGUGUGGUAAAUAAUAAUAGAGUUUUCGUGAGUUGAGAGUUUGAUGGCUUGGCUGUUGUUUUCUCCUUAAUUUGCUGAAACCUUCUGUAGUUUUUUCCUUCUUUCUCUUGUAAUGAAUCGGACCGGGAGGGCUGGUUCACGUUUACCUUGGCCUCUUGAUAAGAUCAGAUGACUCAGACGUAGAACUUGGAUCUGGUUAGAUGUUUGUAAUGGACGUGUCUUUGAAGUGGAGACUAGGUCUCCUUGCCAAAUUUAACUUUGGUAUUGUCUUCAAUGUUAAGUAUAUUUUUUCAACAUUGUUAAACUGAAAUUUUCACUUUU